AUGAUUGAUGGCCAAAAUCGGCCAGGCCGCCCACGUAAGUUAUUUGGAGAUUCAAGUGAAAGAACAAAAAGGAGGAAAACUGAGGAGAUUCGGUCUAUUGUAGAAGAAGAUGUGAUCGUUCAUGCUGCUCAGAUUGAGUUGCGCAAAAGUGGAAAACGAAAUGCUUCCUAUAUAUUAAAAGAAAUCACCAGUACUAGUCCGACACGUGCAACAAAAUAUAAGAAGGCAUUUUCUGAAACAAGAAAAGAUGAGACUUGCCCUCUUACACCAUUGCAAGCAUUGGCAAUGUUUGUAGAAGCUGAUUUAACUUCUCGACAGUACGAAAUAAUUAGAUAUACCAACUAA